AUGGGUUGUUAUACUUUAAAAGGUGCAGCUCUUUUUAGAGCUUCGACAUUAUUAGCCGCUGUAGGCUUUUUACUAUUUGGUUACGAUCAGGGCGUUAUGUCUGGUGUCGUUGCGAACGAACUUUUUAAAAAAACAAUGAAUGAUCCGGACCCAGUGCUUAUGGGUGCUAUCGUCGCAUUAUACGAAAUAGGAUGCAUGUUCGGCGCAUUAUCCACGGGUCGUGUGGGUGAUUGGUUGGGUCGUCGUAAAACUAUUCGUGUUGGUUGUCUUAUUUUAUGCAUUGGUGCUAUUUUACAGACCGCUGCUAUCAAUUCGCCUAUGAUGAUUAUUGCCCGUAUUGUCACCGGCGUUGGUAACGGUAUGAACACAGCUACUAUUCCUGUCUAUCAAGCAGAACUAUCACCGCCAAAGUCCCGUGGAGCACAUGUUGCUUUUGAAGCCUCUCUUUUGACCGUGGGUGUCGCCAUUGCCUACUGGCUCGAAUAUGGUCUAUACUUUGUUUCUGGAGACUUUGCCUGGCGAUUCCCUUUGGCUUUUCAAAUGGUCUUUGCUAUUAUUUUGGGCGUAGCCUCUUUUAUUUUGCCUGAAUCACCUCGUUGGUUGCAAGCUCAUGGUCAUGAGGAGGCAUGUAAAGAUGUGUUAGCUCGUCUCUGGUCAGAUUGUGAUACGACUCACCCCCGUUGUAUUGCUGAGUGGCAAGAAAUUCGUGAUGGUAUCGAACUGGAACGUCGUGAGGGUGUCUCUUCUUACGCAGAAUUAUUCAAGAAGGGAAAAAUGAACAACCGUUACCGUGUAUUGCUCGCUAUGGGUGGCCAACUCAUUCAGCAAUUUGGUGGUAUCAACGUUAUCAGUUACUAUUUGACCGAUGUCUUCAAGCAAGCUGGUAUGACGACUGAAAAAGCCAUGUUGAUGGCGGGUGUUGAUUCCAUCAUUUACUUUAUCGGUGCCGUUACUCCCAUUUUCACCAUUGAACGCUUAGGUCGUCGAUGGCUCAUGUAUGCUGGUUUGAUCGGCCAGGCUAUCACUUUGCUCAUUGUCGGUGGUUGCCAAUAUAUCGUUGAAAGUACCAAUGGCGCUAACGCUCAAGCCUCAAGCACCGUCAUUGCUUUCGUGAUGCUUUACAACUUUGUCUUUGGUGCUGCUUGGUUAGGUUUAGCUUGGCUAUAUCCUUCUGAAAUUUUCUCUACCGGUCUUAGAGCGAAGGGUAACUCCAUGUCGACGGCUGCCAACUGGCUUGGUAACUUUGUCGUCGCUAUGAUUGCCCCAGUUUUGUUUGCCUAUGCCAAGUACUGGACCUUCUUAUUGUUCGGUAUCCUCAACGUUAUUUUCUUGGUUCCUAUUUUCCUUUGGUAUCCUGAAACCAAAGGAAAGUCCUUGGAAGAAAUUGAAGUUUUGUUUGCUACGCAUGAUGUCCAAGAGGACGCCAAAUCGAUUGCCUCUCACAUCGGUUCUACUUCUCUCUACGAAGAAAAGCAAGAUGCUCAAUCGCGUCUUGAACGCGGCUCACGUCCUGUUUCUCGUCGCUUCCCUAGCAACUUUACAGGCCGUAACAGCACAGUCAACUCAGUUGCCAAUGACAGACCGGCAGAAAACACAAGAGCGGCAGAAAUCAAAUACGAAUACAUGCACGAAAACGAGAAGCCGCCAAAUGCUCAGUAA